UGCAGACAGACGAGAGACACCCCCGCAUAGUUUCCGUCAGUCGGGUGACGUCUCCGCCUCUCAGCCCGUGUGCAGUGUGACGUUGCGGGGCUGUAGUGGAGCCUCUAGCUGCAUCUUGUUGACGGUCCGCCAGGCUUUUCCAGUACUGAGAAGACCCCGCUCGAGAGAGGACGACCGACACACGCAGCGUUUUCAGGGAAGCGGAUCAGAACAUAGAAAACUUCCGUCAUCAUCAUGCAUGUGUCUAACUACCAGAAGAUUUGUGUCAUUUGAAAAUACUUAAGAAGAAAGAAAGGAGGAAUACAAGAACUCAGUCAGCAGACAGAAACAACAAUAACCCAGUGCUUAGACAUGGCCAGCACCCAGACCAGUUUGAAAACCCCUUUCAAAGACUUGACCUCAUUCAAGGGCAAUAUGAAACGGCUGUACAGAGAACGACUGGAAGACGCGCCCAUCAAGAAGAGAAUGAUGGCGGAGAUCAAUUUGAAGCGUCGCUGCUUGGAUUCCUUCCCCAAAACUCCCAAGGUGAAGAAGGAGCAGAUUGAGGAUCUGUGCCACGACUCCGACAUGGACGUGGAGGGCCGAGCUGAACUGCACAUGGUGGGCUCUGCUAAAGCCCUGGACCUGAGCCCUGGGCUCAAACACACACUGGCCCAGUUCACCCUCAGCAGCCAAAGCUCCCUCGGGGGCCCAGCUGCCUUCUCAGCCCGCACCGGCCACGAGCAUUCCCCGACCGGCAUGCCCCCCCUGCCCUCCCCUCCUGUUCUGGGAGGGGGCCCUCUGCUGGUUCCCUGUGACAGCUCCACUGAACUCACCCACUCGCUGCUGGAAGGAGAGUCUAUCUCCUGUUUCGUUGUUGGGGGAGAGAAGCGUCUUUGCCUGCCCCAGGUGCUCAACUCCGUGCUCCGCGACUUCUCGUUGCAGCAGAUCAACACUGUGUGCGACGAGCUCUACGUCUACUGCUCACGUUGCGACGCUGAGCAGCUGCACAUCCUCAAGGUGCUGGGCAUUCUGCCGUUCAACGCACCUUCCUGUGGCCUGAUUACACUGACGGAUGCACAACGGUUGUGCAACGCUCUGCUGCGUCCUGGGGCGGCCUUGCCUGCCGACCCCAGUGGUAAGCUGUCGACCCAGGGCUUGCUGAAGGAGAGCGAAGCCAGUUUCCAGGUGGAGCACCAGUGUUUGGGGAAGUGCCAGGGCCUCUUUGUGCCCCAAUUCUACACCCAGCCGGAAGCGCACUGCAUCCAGUGCGUUGAGUGCCAGUUGCUCUUUUCACCACAGAAGUUUGUCAUGCAUUCACACAAGUCACCCGAUAAGAGGACCUGCCACUGGGGCUUUGACUCAGCCAAGUGGCCCUGCUACCUGCAGCUUGCCAGAAAGUACCAAGACAUGCCUGAAGAGCCAAAGCUCAAGCAGCUCCUGGAUGAGGUCAAAGAGAAGUUCCACUACCAGCUCAAGAGGUCGCCAGACAAAAAGGCAGUGGAGGAGGAGGAGAGCCAGGUGAGGAAACCCCCAGCAGAUAUCUGCUCCCCCAACAGCAAGUUGGUCGAGACCGACCCUGCAAGAAAGGGGAAAACAUCUCCGCCUACUCUGGUGUUCAAUCGUCUUUUCUCUGACAUUAAGGAGGAGCCAGGACACCCCACCCUGGUCCAUCCCAGUUACUACCUGUACACAUAUGAUAAGAUGGUGGCUCCCAACGUGUCUCUGCAGAGGGAGGCGGAGAUGAGCCCCGAGAUGUUCGGAGCUCUGCUCAAACACCACUACAGCCACAGAGUGCUGGGCCACGACGAGCCUCCCAUGGAUCUUCACGCGUCGCCUCCCGUCACUGCUGGCGCCGAGGAGGCCAAAUCCCAACGUGCCGCUGCUGCCUCGGCCACUGAGCGGGAAUGCCAAACCCAGGCAGUUUCCAUGGAGACAAGCAGCCCGAGCUGCAAGAAAACCACCCACACCCCCGCCCACUCCCCUCCUCCUCCUCCUCCUCCUGCGUCGUUGUCGCCGGUUACGGAAGUAGCGGCUAAGGACACAGGCUCUGCUGCGAGCAGCGCUGCAGUGGUGGUGGGGGGGCUGGAGGACGACAAGGACAGGAUUGUUGUGGAGAUCAUGCAGAUGUACGGCAGGCAGCAGGAGAAGCUCAACUCUACGCUGCAUAAGCAGCUGCAGCUGGAAAUGGAGCUGGAGGCGGUGCGUGGGGGCGAAGCGGCGAGGCUACGAGAGCUGAGUGCCGAGCAGCGAGAGCUGCGCAGCGAGCUGGAGGCGGUGCACAGCGAGCAGGCGCGGCAGCUCAGCCAGGCCCGCCAGGAACAGCUGGAGCUGGAGACUCGUCUGGAGCAGCUCCGACAGCAGGCCUGCGCCUGCGAGCCGGGGGCACAACGCCAGCAAGAGGCCCACUACACUGCACAGUUGUCGGAGCUACGUCAGAGACUUGAGCGGGCGGAGGCGGACCGGCAGGAACUGCAGGAGGAGCUGCGCAGGGAGCGUGAGGCGCGGGAAAAGCUAGAGCGCACAAUCGCCCAGCUCAAGCAGCAGAUGGUCCAGUCUGCCACGGUGGGAGGCAGCCCCUCUCCUCCUCUUACCCCUUCAACCGGACCCCCUAACGCCCACUCCCCACACUCCUCCUUCUCAGAGGCCCCAGUGGCUGGCCAAAAGUAACUGCCAUCCCCCUCAGGGGCCUUCCUCAUUCCUCUCCCCAUCACCCGCCAACUCUACUGACACAAACAAAUCAGCCUGAAGCAGAACGGAGCUUCACAUCUCCUCAGGCUGUUUUUAACUUGUGCAUCAUCCCUUUUAUUUCAGUGUAGGACUGACUUUUGUUUUUGUAAUUUAACAUCACUUAAAAGUUUUAUGUUGUGUUUUUUUUUUAUAUUCUUUCUUUUGUUCCCCUCUCCUCUCUUUAAACAGUAUUUAAAGAUUUUUUGGGGCAUGUAUGUUUGAUAUAAUUUAUAGUUUUUAUUGAACAAUCAGCUGCUUCACAGACGGGAGUUUGGUCAAGUAGAGACAAACUCAACCCAUCACGAUUUUCCCAUCACGAUUGUCACCCUCCUCUCCCAUCCCUUCUUGCUCUCUCUGGAUUCUGGAGCUAAUGCCAUGGAGAUCUCAGACUUCAGCUCAGACACACAGACUCGUCACUUCAUGCUACUACCUGGCACAGCAGCCGGUGCCCUCGGACACAAAAUGGCGCCUGGUUGCGUGCCCCUUCUCCGUCUCUCGCUGUAUGUACAGCUCAAACACUCAAGUACCAGCGACUGCAGGAAACUGCAUGGACAUUUCAAUAUGUUUAAUUUUUUUUGCUCCUUAUAACACACAGAAAGAAAAAGUCUAACAUGUUAAAAACAUCAAAUCUAUAUGGAGGAGAAAGACCUUUACUGUACAAAAAAAAAGACCUCAUGAAAAUAUGCCAAUAGUGACGCUGAACUUGAAAUGUUUUGAGUGGGACCCCUUCAAGGUAGCAAGCUAGCUAAAUCGUCGGGCCUGGACUCCAGCUGCUCCUAACACACAGUUUUCCUCUUCACUCUUCCACCGCUGUAUGCUAGCGAUUGCCCUCUGCUGGGAAACUCCUUAACACUGUGGUUUUCACCCACUUUAGGCUAGACAGGAAACACUGUGCUUUUUUCUUGGCUAGGUUUGGAAGAAGCUCACGAGCAGUGUUAUGCACUUAACACGCUCUCCUCCCCCAGAAUCCCAAGGGAAAGGAAUAUGUCUGGACACGGGGGCUGGUUGAGCUGGUGUAGCUUUUCUAAGAAAGAGGGAAAUCUCACAUGUGCGGUAGCUAGCUGUACUGUGUUACCAUAAUAAUACAUGCAACAUCCUUACAUGCCCGCACACACUCAAGUGUGUCAGUGCAGAACAAUGGCCCCAGCGUUCCCAGCAGAUGAUCAAAGCUCCCGGCUGUCCCUGUUUUCUGGGCUUCUCUUUUUGUAUCAUUUGACUUCAUUGUUAGCAGACGGUUUCCAUCCACCACCCUGUUUGUCAGAGCGUCAUCUAAGAAUGUGGGUCGCAGGUGAAAGCAGUUAGUCCAGGGUGGUUUGGGCCUCGAGUCCGGCCCCUGCGUCACGUUAUUCUGCCUGGCUGAACAAGCAGUACCGGGCAGGAAGAGGAAGAGAGGGGAGGCGAGGAUUGUGGGGAGUUCUCGGGGGGCACUGGUGCACUCUCCCCCUGCGGCAGGCUGGGUGGCCCAGACGCCAGGGGUACAGAGGGAGCCCUUUUUUGUUUUGUGCCGUCAGAAUGGGGGCAGCUGUUGUUGUCUGUGGGCCUCUGCCCGCCUUCGGGUGAGACUGUACAGGAUCUACCCCCCC